AUGAGAAAGUUGUACUUUGUCUAUGCGUUUGCCAUUGUGGUGAUUGUCAGAGAAUUUCUGUGGACCCAAAAACAUUUGGCGUCGUUUUCUCCACGAGGACUGGCUCUAAACAUAACCAAAAGCUGUCCCGAGCAGUGCCACAGCAUGUUUCUCAGUGUCCUGGAAUAUUCGUCUCAGCAACAUGUCAAUAAUAAGAAUGCAAGAAUGGACCAUCAAGACGAAUGGAAGGAGUGUCGCUGCGACGAUCUAUUCUGUAAUCAAACCACCACCACCACACCUAUCACCACGCCUUCUUCUUCUUCUCAUGACACUGCUACAUCCCCCUUUUUAUCCCACUGCAACUGGUCCCAUACGGCGAUUGAUGCUCUGGUCUAUUGGGUGGAGAACAACAAAAAUCAAAACCUGUGCUCUGUUGAGGAAAUGGAGAAAUUCUAUCCUCCGCACGAAUGGGAUCAUUACAAUUUUGGAGACUUUUUCAAACGAGUCCAGGCGUGGGGAGGAGACAAAUGGCAUCAAAAUUACAAAAAACAAGGGAGCAUCAUGGAAGAAUUCUACAACUAUGCCACGCAAAAUUUUGACAUGUCCGACCCGGCCAUUUACAAAGCUCAGAAAUAUAAAAUUCUCACACAUGUCGUCCAGGAACGACUGUCACACCAAAACAACAAUGACAAUCAUCAUGACAAUUCACCACCACCCAACACGCUCCUGAUUCAUCUUCGACUGGGCGAUGUCAUUGAUUCGGCCGCUGCCGAUUCCGUCUCCGAACUACUCCAAGAACAACGAUACUAUUGGAGACGAAAAUCCAAAACGCAAAAGGGCUGUUGCAGCAAUCCGUGGGAACAUCCCGAAUACCCACCUUUUAAGGAACCCUACAAUGCCUAUGUGCGACCACUGUCGUAUUAUACCACACAACUCCUACAACAAAACUACACGCAUGUGGUCCUCAUGGGAAGUGCCCAUCGGGGCGAUUUCAUCUUGCCGGAACCAUUUCGCACAUGCCACAAGAGUUGUUUGUAUGCGCGUGCACUCCAAGGGUACAUUCAAACCAUUUGGCCCCAUGUCACAGUGACGUUGCGUCUGGGACAGUCGCCCGAUGCCGACAUGGUAUUUGCGGCGCAAGCCGAUGGGUUUCUGGAAUCGGGGGGAGGAUACUCCAAGUUACUGGGAGUGUUGCAACGGAACGUUGUUAGGAAAGAGAAACCACAAACCUUAUCAUUAUCAGGUGCAUAG